AGGCUCGCCAUGGGGGUGGGCCAUGCGGGGGCGGAGUCUAUGCUCUGGAUCGGGCUGCGGCUGCGGCUGCGGCUGCUGCACUUCCAGCUUCUGAGGGAAGGAGGCCGAGGCCUGGGCCAAGCCCGGAGCCGCCGCUCCCCGGAGCCUCCUGGAGCCUCCGCGCCGGCUCAGCCUGGGGGCGGGCUCAGGCCCAGCCCGCCGCCGAACCCAGGACAGAGGCUGCACGCCCGAGGACCAGGCCGGCGCAGCCAUGGAGGAGGCAUCUCCGUAUUCCUUACUUGAUAUCUGCUUAAAUUUCCUGACUACUCACCUUGAGAAGUUCUGUUCAGCAAGACAAGAUGGAACAUUGUGUCUGCAGGAACCUGGAGUAUUCCCACAGGAGGUGGCUGAUCGACUGCUUCAGACCAUGGCCUUUCAUGGUCUACUGAAUGAUGGAACUGUAGGUAUUUUCAGGGGCAACCAGAUGCGCUUAAAGCGAGCUUGCAUUCGCAAAGCCAAGAUCUCUGCGGUUGCUUUCCGGAAAGCCUUCUGCCACCACAAGUUAGUGGAACUUGAUGCCACAGGUGUGAAUGCUGACAUCACAAUUACAGACAUCAUCAGUGGGCUUGGCAGUAAUAAAUGGAUCCAGCAAAAUCUCCAGUGCCUAGUGCUGAACUCAUUAACUCUCUCCCUCGAAGAUCCUUAUGAGCGGUGCUUCAGCCGGCUUUCUGGCCUUCGAGCAUUAAGCAUCACUAACGUUCUCUUUUAUAAUGAAGACCUGGCUGAAGUUGCCUCGUUGCCAAGAUUAGAGAGCCUGGAUAUUUCUAACACCUCGAUCACAGACAUCACAGCUUUGCUGGCCUGCAAAGACCGACUCAAGUCUCUAACCAUGCACCACUUGAAAUGUUUAAAAAUGACAACUACCCAGAUAUUGGAUGUUGUUCGGGAACUGAAACAUCUGAAUCAUCUUGAUAUUUCAGAUGAUAAACAGUUUACAUCAGACAUAGCUCUUCGCUUACUAGAACAAAAGGACAUCCUACCCAACCUUGUCUCACUAGAUGUUUCUGGGAGAAAGCAUGUGACAGAUAAAGCUGUUGAAGCCUUUAUACAACAACGGCCCAGCAUGCAGUUUGUAGGUUUGCUGGCCACUGAUGCAGGUUACUCUGAAUUCCUCACCGGCGAAGGACAUUUGAAGGUGUCUGGAGAAGCCAAUGAAACUCAGAUUGCAGAAGCAUUGAAGCGGUACAGUGAACGGGCAUUCUUUGUCCGGGAAGCCCUAUUUCACCUUUUUAGCCUGACUCAUGUGAUGGAAAAAACAAAGCCAGAAAUUUUAAAGCUUGUGGUUACUGGGAUGAGAAACCACCCUAUGAAUUUGCCAGUACAACUUGCUGCAAGCGCCUGUGUAUUUAACUUAACUAAGCAAGAUCUUGCUGCAGGAAUGCCUGUCCGACUGCUGGCCGAUGUGACCCAUUUGCUGCUCAAAGCCAUGGAACAUUUUCCCAAUCACCAGCAGUUACAGAAGAAUUGCCUCCUUUCACUUUGCAGUGACCGGAUCCUUCAAGAUGUUCCAUUCAACAGGUUUGAAGCAGCCAAGCUUGUCAUGCAGUGGCUCUGCAACCAUGAGGAUCAAAACAUGCAAAGGAUGGCAGUUGCUAUCAUUUCCAUCCUGGCUGCCAAGCUUUCUACAGAACAAACUGCACAGCUUGGUGCUGAACUCUUCAUUGUCAGGCAACUUCUUCAAAUAGUGAAGCAGAAAACCAAUCAAAAUUCAGUGGACACUACUUUGAAGUUUACUUUGAGUGCACUUUGGAACCUCACAGAUGAAUCUCCAACCACUUGCAGACAUUUUAUUGAAAACCAAGGGUUAGAACUCUUCAUGCGGGUUCUAGAGUCUUUCCCAACUGAGUCAUCCAUUCAACAGAAAGUUCUAGGACUUUUGAAUAAUAUAGCUGAAGUGCAAGAAUUGCAUUCUGAAUUAAUGUGGAAGGAUUUUAUAGACCACAUCAGUAGCCUCCUGCAUAGUGUUGAAGUGGAAGUCAGUUACUUUGCAGCUGGAAUUAUUGCCCAUUUAAUAUCUAGAGGUGAACAAGCUUGGACAUUGAGCCGUAGCCAGAGGAAUUCUCUUCUGGAUGAUCUGCAUUCAGCUAUUUUGAAAUGGCCAACUCCAGAGUGUGAGAUGGUAGCAUACAGGUCCUUUAAUCCAUUUUUCCCUUUACUUGGCUGUUUCACAACACCAGGAGUCCAGCUAUGGGCAGUUUGGGCCAUGCAACAUGUCUGCAGCAAGAAUCCCUCAAGGUAUUGCAGCAUGCUGAUUGAGGAAGGAGGAUUGCAGCAUUUAUACAACAUCAAAGAACAUGAACAGACGGAUCCCCAUGUCCAACAGAUUGCCGUGGCCAUUCUAGACAGCUUAGAAAAACACAUUGUGCGCCAUGGGAGACCACCUCCCUGUAAAAAGCAGCCCCAGGCUAGACUAAAUUGAUAGCCAUAAGUAAUUGAAUAACUGAGUCACAGGAAUUCUUUUUGUGAUAGGCUCAUUUGGAAUAUCUUACCCUCUGUGAUGUUUUAGGGGUUUCUAUGACAAGAGUCAUAAGAUCAGUUUGGGAUUGACGGUGUAAAGUACUGCCCAUGUGAACAGUCUCUAAUUUGUCUUGUGAUUUUUAACUUCUGAGGCAAGAAGGAUCUGUUCCUUCAUCAUUGCCUUUUAGGAAAUUUUCCACAUCUUUCCGUGUUUGAACUUACCUGUGCUUGAAAUUCUACAGUUUUAUGAUAAAGUUUGCACGAACCCUUAAGCCAGACUUUUCUGAUCUUAAAGUCCCUUCCAAUCAAUUUGCAGCUUCAGAUAAGCUGUUAACCUGAUUUCUGGCACUGCUUCAGUUGUAAGUUUUAUACUGCUUCUGUAUAAAAUGGCUUUCUUCUCUGUGUACCUUUUAUAAGAUGUCCUUCUUAGUGUGAAAGAGUGGAAAUCCAAGUCCUGUUUGAAAGCUACUCACCAACUGGAGCCUGGGUGGAUGGCAGAAAAAAUAUAUUGGAAAGAAAAGUAUUAAGGGGAAAAGAAAUAAGGAACUAGAGAAAGGUCUGCUCUUACAAUACAGUUUUUAAACUGGGACAGGCUAUCCUGGAGCCCACCUCUUCUGAGGCAGUAAGCAGUAGCUUAUUCUUCAUAUUUAUUCCUGGAAGCAUGGGCUGCUGCUUCCUACACAGACUGCUGGUUACUCUCUAGAAAUAUUUCCCGGGACAUCACAGUGUAAAAUAUUACAACAUUCUGUGUUAAAGAUUAAUUGUCUGAAUCUCUAUAAGUCAUACUAUUGUGAAAAUGUGAAUUUUUAUAAAAUUGUCUCUUGUUAAAACUGAGCAUUAUUUUCCCUCUAUUUCAAAGUCAUUUUAUUCAGUGACAUAGAGACUACACAUGGUAUUACCUGCUCAGUUAAAUACACUUAACAACAGUAAAUUUUGUCACAAGAAGUUAAAUUUUCUUUCUUUCUUUUUUUUUUUCAAAAUACAUGUAUCUUAAUGUUCUCAUGUUGGAGAAAGAUGUCCACACCUCACUGCCAAAAAUGAAUGAGAAGCAUUAGACUGUUGUUAAAUACAAUGGUUCUAGAUGUAGCGUGUAAAAGGAAAUAUUUUUUGAUGGGUUAUUUUUUAGACAAUUGCCUUUCCUUUUGAGAUACCCGUUACAGCAGAGUAAAGAAUCAAUUAUCAUUAUAUCAAUAAUGGCAGCUGGGAGGCAGCAAGUCACCAAGAAAUUUAAUUUCCAUUUAAAAUUUUAGUUUGUGAAUAAGGUUAAUCACAAUUUCAGAUGACUGCAUUUUUUUCCAUAGAUGGCUAAACUGUUUUCAAUAGAGAUUUAAAAUGGUAUGUUUAAAUUAUGGUGAUUAUUCAGAGGCAUUUUUAUUUAGAAAAGAGCUGGCUUAUUAGUGUGCUGAUAGCAUUUUUGACAUACAUAUUUCAUACCACUAUCACAAAAAUCAUACUUGAAUUAUUUCAUACUCCUUCGCAGGGAUGAAAACUUAAACUAAAAGAAAAUAGUUAUUUAGAACCAUUAAAAACCAUAUUAUAUUGUGGAUUACUUCUGACUUAAUUGGUUUAAGGAAUUUUUAUAGGCACAAGAUAAAUUUUCACGGAUUGUCUAUUUCAGGGGAAAUGGAAGAUUCUUUUAGCUUUCCCCCUUUUUCCUAGAUUUUAAUGUCUAAGGCAAAAUGUAGAAAAUAGGCCGGCCUGCACUAGCUUGGAAAUCGCUAGCUAUUUUGACUAUCUCCAGGCCUCUUAGCUUGUAUAGUUAGGGAAAAGCCUGUUUGAGAAGUUUGGCUUCAAGUGUCUCUUCUGUCCUGUUGAAGCAAAAGUAUGUGUUCCUUAUUAGGCUAUGCUUAGGUUUUUAUCUUUACAAAUUGUUUUCAGAAAUAGCUAACAAUGUACAGAAAACAAUAACUCCCUUCAUUGCUCAGAAUAACUUGAUAGAUGAAGACUUAAAAAUAUUGAAAAUUAGUUUUAAAUUUACUACUUUGAACAUUGGUAAUGGUGGGAUAUUUCUGAGUCUUAAAAGCAAAAUAAUUGCUCACAUCCCAUAUAUAAAAAUUGUAGUGCCUUUGUGGUUGGGAUGGUUCUUAAAAUUGUGUAUCUAACUAAGGCACAGAAUUGUCUGUAAGGUCUUGAAUCUGGCUAAAAUAUAGUAGAUGUAUAUAUUGAAAUUAUGAGGCAUAACUGGCCUGUGUCUACAGUUGGAAUCUAUUAAUUAGGCCUAUCUUUUACAUGUGUAUAGUAGAAUGUAACAGUACUUGGUGCCUUCAAGGGUUACCUCUUCAGUGGCUUAGAGGUGCUGUUUCAAGCACAAUUUAGACUAGGGUUGAACCACUCAUUGCUCAAAUCACUGGUGCGCUCAGAUAUUGUAAAAUAUCACUACAUCAGUCCACAAGCAGCAGCAAGGUUUAGAUCUACCAAAGGAAAUGGAAUUAGACUUUUUAAGAGUAUAAUGAUGCAUGUUGGUAUCAUUGAGUAAAACAAGAACAGUCUAAAAUUAAAGCAGAAAUCAGGCAUCUUGUUCUUUACAUCAAAUAAGUUUGCUCGUGGUCUUUACACUCUAAAAAAUCAUUUUUUCCUUUUGGCAGUUGAAAAGAAACAUAAAUCAAGUAGUAAUAAGGGGUUAGUUUACUCUCUGGCCAAGGACUCAGUGGUUACUGAUCUUAAUUGAGGAUUUGAAAAAUCGUAUCAGACCCACAGUUCUAGGAAUUGACCUUAAAUAUUGCUGCUCUUUACCCCUGGACAGAAAUGCCAGUUAGUGGCACUAGUCAACUUAAUUACCUAAGGUGGAGGUGAAUCACCAUAAAAGGGUGCUAUAGGAAUUGAAUUUCAUGAUCUCUUUUGUUUGCAAACUUCAAAGAUUCGUGUUUAAAAACAUCAAAUCUAUCAAGCCUAAGAAGUUGUUCUUACUAUUGAGACCUUUUGAGUUGGCCCUUUUCCUCCCUAGUCACUUUCAUUUAGCUGUAUGUUUAAUUAUGCCAUGUGUCAAGAUAAGAUUGGGCCUUCUUCUAGCCCUUUGGAGCACGUUUUAAUGAAAAUAUAUUUUAUGUUCUCAGUUACGAUACAUUAAUGAAAAAUGGUUUUGGCUUAGUGUUUUAAAAUGCAUGGCGCCCUCGUAGAACAACCUGCAGCCAAUACCUGAGCUUGAAAGGAGGUCAUGAGUAGCAGGGAAAACCCACCCCUUUCCUGCCCUCUCUAAUGCCAUGUUUACAGUAUUUGUUCAUUGCGCGACUUUUAUUUUGGAAUAAACAGUAUUAUUAAACUGAAGGUGUAAAUUAAAGGCAGUAUCAUAUUGUCAGCUGAUAUGGGCAGUUUUAUCUGUAUGUUACUUAUUUGGGAACUUUAUAUGGAUAGGGCCUCAGAGUAGUGCUCUAAGGCAGCCUGUAGAGAAGUUUGCAAACUUACGGUUUCCCUCUCGAAUCCGUUGUAGCAGUUUCAAAUGAUUGUGUGGAUAUUGGAUGUUUAACCUUUACCAUUUGCUUUGUAUUGACACAUUUUUAAUUUAAAUGUUAAUUCAUGUACUGUUUACUUUAGGAAUAAUGCAAAUCCAACCUUCAUCCAGUGAUGAGAAUAGCAGUAUGAUAGGAAUUUGCUCAAUGUGCUUUAAAUGAAUAAUUGCUUUAUCUUUUUUAGUAUCUGAUAGACUUUGCAUGACACGGUACACUCCUAAUUAUGCAUUCUUUAGUUUCCAAAUCUUAACCUAAGACAUUCUAUAUUAACUGAUGGGCAGCCUGAGAAAGAGCUUUCUCUGACUGUUUCUCCCCUCAGCCAAUAUUUUUGGGUAAAUUAUGGGAAAGUCAAUGCUAUUUCUCAUUUCUCUGGAUGAAGCGAAGUUCAUUUGGAUGGCACAACCAAACUUUAGAGCUAGAUAGAAUGGCUAUUAAGAAUAUUUAGAAAAUCCAAAUUUAUCAAAAUUACUCUAUGGAAAAUCAUAAAUCUAGUUCAUUAAUACUAUUAGCGUAAUUUCGAACUUACUUUUGGGGAAACUGUUCAAAUGGGUUCUUUUAAGCUUAUUUUAAUCAGCUUAGAAGCAAGAAGCUACUUAGCUAAUGAAAGCUGAGAUACACUUUCAUAAAAGCAAGAAAUUGUUGAAAGCAUUUUUUUCUUUAAAAAUGGGAUGAUGUUAAUGUCAAGAUUUAUACUGAGAUAAUCUGCAAGAAUAAAAUUUCAAAAUCUUAAAAUCCUUGACUUUUGUAGAAUUCCCACUGUCAAAUUCCCACGGACUUAUGAGAGAAAAGCUAUCUUUUGCUUAAAUUUCGAUGGAAGAGUUUAACUCCUUUCAAAGGAUAUGAAAAAUUCAUUGGGAAAUGUAAUGUGUAUACAUUUCCAAGGCUCUCAAAUUCUCUGGACUGAAGGCACUGUUCUCACUGUGGCCAGAUGAAUGGGAGUGUUCUGUACAUGAAUCAUGCUAUAUUUUAAAUCAGGACAUCACUUAGGUAUUAAUGUUGUGUGUACAGAGUUUUGUUUUGGGAAUUUUUUUUUUGCCUAAAUAAAUGUUAUAAAUUUUA